ACACAUGAGUCAAAUCCUUAAGUGUAUGUGAACUGUCUGACAGAACUCUAUUACGCAUUCGGCUGUGUGUUCUUUUCAAGAGUGGUGUGGUUAGGUUCUUGUCUGAUUAGAACACUGGCCCCUUAGAAGUCAUGGAGUAUAUCAUCAAGCUCCGUUGGAGUCAGUGGAUCAGAUUCUUCUGUUAGGCUGAGGACUUCGGAUUUACAUUCAUGACUACAAACAGAAUGUAGCCUAGUGCCUUCAUAAUAAUCUGUGCAGGUAUUCAGAAUGAAUCUGGAAAAGCUCAGCAAACCAGAACUACUGACGCUAUUUAGUAUUCUUGAAGGAGAACUAGAAGCAAGAGAUCUUGUCAUAGAUGCCUUAAAGGCCCAGCACAGAAACACUUUCAUUGAAGAACGCUAUGGAAAGUACAACAUCAGUGACCCUUUAAUGGCUCUGCAGAGAGAUUUUGAGAUGCUGAAGGUGGGAAAUCAUGGCGAAAAGCAACCAGUUUGCUCCAAUCCUUUGUCUAUCCUAAAAGUAGUGAUGAAACAUUGCAAGAAUAUGCAGGAAAGAAUGCUCUCUCAACUAGCUGCUGCAGAAAGCAGGCACAGAAAGGUGAUACUGGAUCUUGAGGAAGAGAGGCAGCGGCAUGCCCAGGACACUGCUGAAGGAGAUGAUGUCACCUACAUGUUGGAGAAGGAGCGGGAGCGGCUGACUCAGCAGCUGGAAUUCGAAAGGACCCAAGUGAAAAAAUUUGAAAAAGAGCAGAAGAAGCUGUCGAGCCAGUUGGAGGAAGAGAGGGCACGCCACAAGCAGCUGUCCUCCAUGCUUGUGCUGGAGUGCAAGAAAGCCACAGCCAAGGUAGUGGAAGAGGGACAGAAGGCAGGGGAGCUGAGCUUGAAACUGGAGAAAGAGAGGAGCAAAGUGAGCAAGCUGGAGGAGGAGCUGGCCUCCAAGAAGAAGCGGGGUUUGCAGAUGGAGGCACAAGUGGAAAAGCAGCUCUCCGAGUUCGACAUUGAAAGAGAACAGCUGAGAGCCAAGCUGAACCGAGAAGAGAACCGGACAAAGGCACUCAAGGAAGAGAUGGAGAGCCUGAAAAAAGCCCUGAAAGAGCUGGAGGUUCCUUGCCAGGGCUCCAACCCUGCUGAGCACUCACAGCAAAACCCUUCAAUGAUGUCCAGAGGUGUAGAAACAGAGAGCCCACUGGUGAGGUCUGUAUCUUGCCAGACAGAAAGUUCCCAGGCAGACAGAACCAAUCUGGGCAAUGUGGGCAUACCUGCACACAUGGCCCUUCCCAGCCCUGCCACACCUACCCAUCCCUAUGCUAAAGCAAAUGGGCACUGUGACACAGACAUGCAAACAAGGGGUGAGCUAGUGCAGACAGACAUAGCAGAAAACCAGGCACUGCUGAGAGAGAAGCCUGUUGGUCCAGUCCCAGAAAGUGCAGUUGAGAAUGGAAGUUCCCCUGUAAGAACAGAAUCUCCUGUGUAUAUGAUCCCACAGCUUCCUUCUGGUGGGACGUCUCUCUCUCCCAGCAGCACAGCUGCCUCAUCUCUGACAUCUUCUCCAUGCUCGUCCCCAGUUCUGACUAAACGUUUGGUAGGAGCUUCAGGAAACAGCCCUGGUUACCAGUCGUCCUAUCAGGUGGGGAUCAACCAACGUUUCCAUGCUGCCAGACACAAAUUCCAGUCCCAAGCUGAUCAGGACCAUCAGUCGAGUGGCCUGCAGAGCCCACCAUCGAGGGAUUUGUCUCCUACCCUUGCAGACAACUCCGCUGCCAAACAGUUAGCCCGCAACACAGUCACUCAGGUUCUUUCCAGAUUCACCAGUCAGCAGGGACCUAUAAAGCCAGUCUCUCCGAAUAGCUCGCCCUUUGGCACAGACUAUCGGAAUCUGGCAAAUGCUGUGAGUCCAAAAAGCGAGUCCAGCCCAGGCAAAGUUUCUAGCCCGCUGAGCCCAUUGUCUCCUGGAAUUAAAUCCCCAACAAUCCCUAGAGCAGAAAGAGGGAAUCCUCCACCUAUUCCUCCAAAGAAACCUGGCCUGGCUCAGUCCCCGGCGACUCCUACCCCACUAACCAAAACCCCUUCCCAGGCAUCUUCUCUUGGUGCCACCAUGGACUUGGCAAGUAGCUGCUCUAACAAUGCUGUAGUAGCAAACGGUAAAGACAUUGACAUACUGUUGCCAACUAAUAGCUAGUCUUUAGGAAAUGUGAAUGUAGCAUUCCAUGGCUUAGCAUCCUAGAGCUAAGAGACACUGUUUUAUCCACUCCAUGUUAUUUAUUUGGGUAGUAGCAGAAUGUGUCUGUAUAAUACCUUUAGUGUACUUUCUUUUUAGAAAUAGGUAGGAAAUUUUUAUAUUGAUGUAUAGAGCUGUAAGGUAGUCCCUAAGGGUGUCUCAUGUCAGCAGUCAAAUGAAACAAGGAGGGAAGAAAAUGUGCUGGGAGCUGACUAGCAAACUAUAAUGGGGCUGAAGCAUUUUAAUUUAUGCAGAAAUCACUUGUGCAGAUUUUUAUUCCAGAUGAACACUGUAUAAAAAGUGCCUGAACUAAGCCUGUGAUUGAAUUUGUUUUUCUGUAGAAAACAAAGGGACCAUCUAACCGCAGAAAUAACAGCUCUUCUAUGAAUCAUGAAUGUUUAAAUCACUGGUUUUUAAUCCUUUCCAAUUGUUCUUAAAUCGAAUUUGUAAACAACGUGCUACAGAAUGGAAAUCUUUCAAAGGUGGCCCCAGUUUUGCCCUGUCAUGUUAGGAUAUAGCUCCUGUUGACAUCAGAGGAGAUGCACAUGAGUGUGGUAGGGCAGAUUUUGGUCCUACUGUUUAGCUCUGUGCAACCCAAUCCCUUCUCUUUUCCACUGGAGUUGUCCAAAACCAGUGACAGCAUUAAACAGUCAGGGUGGUAGUUUCCUGCAGUUCAUUAAUUUCUCAUAUUGGUGUCUCGCUGUAGGUUAAAUGACUAAGGAUUCAUUCCUGGUUCUUCACCUUUGAUUUUAAACUUCUUCAAGCAAUCUACUGUUGGGUGUGUAUGUGUGUGUAGAACUUGUGAGACAAGGAUCUUGCUAUUACUUGAAAAGAAAUCGCUAGUCAUUCUAUAUAGUAAGAUGGGAUCUUUACUAAUAAUCAAAAGCAAUAACUUAAGUUGCUCACUUUGUAACAAUACUGUAUGUCAGACUAAGAUUAUACUGAGCAGUUUCUAUAGAAUCCUGCUAGCCUCACUGGCUGCAGCUGUGGAACCAAAUUAUUAACUUUCAUAUAUAAAUAUGCAUAUAUGUAUAGAUAGAUGCACCGAUGUACAUGUUAUAUACACAAUGCAUAUUAGUCAUAGUCUGGUUAUGUUAUUGAAGUUCUCCAUAAUUCAUAAAGAAAAAGGUAGAAAUACUCUUUAAGAUUAUAAAACAAGAGUAGGUUGUUGUGGUUUGUUUGUUUUUUAAUUAGAAAAAAACAUCUGCCUGACUUUUGGACUUCAGUUUGCAACAGAUUCAAUAAUUUUUACCUGUGCUGUGAAUUAAAUGGUGAGUCUACAGACCUCACUGCAAACCUAUGCUACUCACAUUCAAAUAGGACAGCACUGUCUAGUGUGUGAAGACACUACAGUAAUGGACACUAAAUGUAACAAGAUAAAUAGAACAGAUCAGAGUUACAGCCUGGAAUCUAGCCUGAAUAAGUGUGUAUCCCAAAUGCCAAGUGGCACAGAUUACAAGACUCUGAUCCUAAACUUAGAAAUCAGUUUUGCUGCUUGAUGUUGGCCCAUUUUUAGCCUUUCUGCCUACAGCAACAUAGGGCCUGGAGAAGUGUUUCCCAAGUUGGGUGCUUGCUCCUCUCUUUUAAUUAUUCAGCACACAACUAAACAAAGCACUUGAUCCUUUAUUUUAGGAAAGAUUCCUGUAGUGGUUGGGAGGAUGCACUCCUAUACAGGAUAUAGUAAGACUCAGAGCUGGAAGAGACCUAAUUUAUAGGACAUCAGAAUUCUUGCACUGCAUUAGUAGAUGGUGUCCUAGCCAACCCUUUUCUAGCCCCCACACAUAAGAACAAUCAGACUUGGUCAGCCCAAAGGUCCAUCUAGCCCAGUAUCCUGUCUUCUAAAAGUGACCAAUGUCAGGUUUGCCCCAGAGGGAAUGAACAGAACAGGUAACCAAGUGAUUCAUCCCCUGCAAACAGAGGCUAGGGACACCAUCCCUGUCCAGCCUGGCUAUUAGCCAUCGAUGGACCUGUCCUUCAUGAAUUUACCUAGUUCUUUUUUGAACCCUCUUAUAGUUGUUGCCUUCACAACAUCCCCUGGCAAAGAGUUCCACAGACUGACUGUGCAUUGUGUGAAAAAAAAUAUUUCCUGUGUUUGUUUUAAACCUGCUGCCAAGUAAUUUCAUUUGGUGACCCUUAAUUCUUGUAUUACAAGGAGUCAACAACACUUGACUCCAUACCAGUCAUGAUUUUAUAGACCUCUAUCAUCUCUCCCUCCCACACACACACACACCUUAGUUGUCUCUUUUCCAAGCUGAAAAAUGACCCAUAUGAUAGUCUUUGGUAUGAUGCAAUGGAGAUGGUUAGAUUUGUUUUUAUGAACUUCUAAGUAGAUAUAAGCACCAUAGUUCCUAUUUAAUUGUCCAUACACCAAGAGUAAGAAAAACAGUAGCACCCUAUAGCUAAAUAGGUAGAGACUUUUGGGAAAGCACAUUUAAAGAGUGAUCUUAACAGCAAUUUUUUCUCCUGAUAAGAGUAACAGCUGAAAACUGAUGGGUGAAUGGAUUUUAGCUAGAGUAUCAUUCCAACAACUGCUCUAACCUGUUUUCUUGCUUUUACCCUAAUCUUAAGUGGUGCUAUACCAUUUCUUUAUGAUGACUCUAUAGAGAGAUAUAUACUAUAGUGAAAUUUAUUUCUUAGGAAAUGCACUGAAUACUGUAUUUCUUCUGUAAUGUAAUAUGGGGAGGGGGGAUGCAAGAGAAAAUGUGUAUUUUUGCUAGUAGCCUAUCUUCAACUAAGCACAACUAUUAAAAUGGAUUCAGCUAAUCCAAUAAGAAAUUUAGGGUUCGUAUCUAAAUUUUUGAUGUAGAUUCUGUGUGUGGAAGCAACUAAAACUUACUUCUAUGAUUCACGUCUGAGUUUAAGCAGACAUUGCUGCAGAGCUUUGUCACCGGCUGAUGAGGUUAUAAUGAAGUGCAAAAUGCAUAGUAUUCAUUAACAUUUGUAAAUUUGUAAAGCCAAAUGUACCAAGCGGAAGUCUUUAAUCAUUUUUAUAGCUGACAGCAUUAAACAUGUUAAACAUUCAUACUAUCAAUAAAGUAUUUUAUUUUUAAGAUCU